CAGGUCUUAGUCCUUCACCCUUCCUUCUGUGCCUCUGCUGAAUUAAGGUGCUUUGCAAUCACAGCUAGAAGAGGAAUGGUUAUUCGGUUGCCUUGGAGAUGAUCCUGCUGCUGCACAUGUAGGGCCGAAGAUUAAUGGUGUGGGCAGUAUGGACCUAAUGAACGGACAGCCCAGCAGUCUUAAUAUUGCAGCUACUGCUUCAGAGAAGAGUAGCAGCUCUGAGUCCUUGAGUGACAAGGGUUCAGCUGAACUGAAGAAGAGCUUUGAUGCAGUGGUAUUUGAUGUUCUAAAGGUUACACCAGAGGAAUAUGCGGGUCAAAUUACACUAAUGGAUGUGCCUGUAUUUAAAGCAAUUCAGCCAGAGGAGCUGGCAAGCUGUGGCUGGAAUAAAAAAGAGAAAUACCGUUUUGCACCAAAUGCUGUUGCUUUCACCAGAAGAUUCAAUCAUGUAAGCUUCUGGGUUGUUAGAGAGAUUCUGCAUGCACAGACUUUAAAAAUACGAGCUGAGGUUUUGAGCCACUACAUCAAAACUGCAAAGAAACUGUAUGAGCUGAAUAACCUCCAUGCUCUUAUGGCAGUGGUGUCAGGUCUCCAGAGUGCUCCCAUCUUCAGGCUGACCAAGACGUGGGCGUUACUGAGUCGGAAGGAUAAAGCCACCUUUGACAAGCUGGAAUAUGUUAUGAGUAAAGAAGAUAAUUACAAAAGGCUUAGAGACUAUAUCAGCAGCUUGAAGAUGACUCCGUGUAUUCCCUACUUAGGUAUUUAUCUGUCAGACUUGACAUAUAUUGACUCUGCCUACCCCUCAACAGCCAGCAUUCUGGAAAGUGAGCAAAGAACAAAUUUAAUGAACAACAUUCUUCGAAUUAUCUCAGAUUUGCAGCAGUCAUGUGAAUAUGAUAUUCCUAUGUUGCCUCAUGUCCAAAAGUAUCUCAACUCAGUUCAAUACAUAGAAGAACUACAAAAGUUUGUAGAAGAUGCCAAUUACGAACUUUCAUUAAAGAUAGAACCGGGGACCAGCACCCCCCACUCUGCUGCUUCCAGAGAAGAUUUAGUAGGCUCUGAAGUCGGAGCAUCUCCACAGAGUGGACGGAAGAAUGUUGCAGCUGAAGGAGCCUUGCUACCACCGACACCCCCUUCACCUCGGAACCUGAUACCCCACGGACACAGGAAAUGUCACAGUCUGGGUUACAAUUUCAUACACAAAAUGAACACGGCUGAAUUUAAAAGCGCGACAUUCCCCAACGCGGGACCGCGGCACCUGCUGGAUGACAGCGUGAUGGAGCCCCACGUCCCAUCCCGAGGGCAGGCCGAGAGCUCCACUCUUUCCAGUGGAAUUUCAAUAGGUAGCAGUGAUGGUUCUGAACUCAGUGAAGAGACUUCCUGGCCAGCAUUUGAAAGGAACAGGUUGUACCAUUCUCUCGGUCCGGGGACAAGAGUGUCACGAAAUGGCCAUCGAGGCCACAUGAAGGCCAGCAGCUCCCUAGAGUCUGAAGAUUUGGCUGUUCAUUUGUAUCCAGGAGCAGUUACUAUUCAAGGUGUUCUCAGGAGGAAGACUUUGUUGAAAGAAGGCAAAAAACCUACAGUAGCAUCUUGGACGAAAUACUGGGUGGCACUGUGUGGAACCCAACUCUACUACUACGCUGCAAAAUCCCUGAAGGCUGCAGAGAGAAAACAUUUCAAAUCCACACCGAGUAAGAGCGUCUCAGUGGUGGGCUGGAUGGUGAUGAUGGCAGACGACCCUGAGCAUCCAGAUCUCUUCUUACUGACUGAUUCUGAGAAGGGAAAUUCAUAUAAAUUUCAAGCUGGAAACAAAAAUAACGCAACACUCUGGUUUAAACACCUGAGUGCUGCCUGCCAAAGCAACAGACAACAGGUUCCUGCCAACUUGAUGACCUUUGAAUAACAGGCAAAUUCAAAACAAUAAAAAAGGACAAUUUGAACCAUGUCAUAAUUGAGAACAAGGUCCUGAUGAAAAAUGUGCCAGCUGUAUUCUGUGCCAGAACAGAACCUGUCAACUCGAGGAGCCCUGAACAAGACCACUAAUGGUUGGGGAGUCCCCCAAAUUAAAAAUGGAGUUGCAACAUGAAUUGCCAUGGACCAUGCUUCGUUAUGUUCUCAGAACUGACCUGUGGAAACCACUGCCUUAAAGAGUGAAAGGAAAAACAACAAGAAACACCAAAUAGUGUGUGUGAAACUUCUGGCGGUGCUGUGCUUGAGUUAAAUAGAUUGUAGCUAGUUUUGAGUUUCUUUUAACUUUAUACUAAUUUUGAAAAUAACUCACCUUUUUAGGCAUUCUUAAGAAAACAGGUAAACUGGUAUUUAAGAAUUGUAUCAAAAGCUGUGUAUGAACCAGGUAAAAGGUACUACAUGUUCUGGAGAUGUUGUUUAGGCUAUACCAGGAAUCCUGGAGGGGAGCUUGUCCCAGGCACACCUAGCCUGGAGCAGUGUUAUUUCUCUCAGACCUGUAAGAAAUGUAACACAACUGCAAGUUCAGAGCAGCACUGAGCUUGCAAACCUUUGUCCUCUAUGGGAGCCAGACUGCUACAGUGGCGCAGAGGCUGAGCCAAAAAUCGGUUUGGUACGUUUUGACCCAAUUUCUGAUGAAAAACACGUUGUUUGGGCAGUCGGGGGAGGGGGGUGUGGGGUGCGUACGAGACAAAACUGAAAGCACUGUUGGGUCAGAACUGAGUGUUUUUGUCCCAUUUGUUUCUAUGCCUGUGAUUCUCCUACACAGAAAAGCUGAAUGACAAAACGACACCUGGGUACAGCUCACUGAGAUGCUUGACUUUGGGUAUCUGCUAAUUAUCAGUUAGGGACCACUGUUAGUGUGUGGUGUUUCAUAAUAUCACUUCAGAUGGACAUUUUAAAAAAGAUAGAGGCACAAUUUCAAGCUUUCAUGUUCUCAUUUGGCAAUAAUUGAUUUUACUAUCUGUCUUGGUCAAAGUAGUUGACGUUGUGUGGUGUUGAUAACAUGGCCUAAAGCAGACCUUACAUACAGAAGCUCUUUUGAUCUUCAGGCAAUUGACUAAUUUAUUAGAAGGUAGGAUAACCUAAGGAGAGAAAAGGUGUGGGGCCAUCAAAAUUCCAUCCUUGACAAGAAUCAUUCUUGGUCACUGAAAUUACUCACAGAGAAAAACAUAAUGGUUGUAAAAAGGGAGCUGUGCUUUAUGUGUGUGUUUGAUGCUUAAGACUUUGAUUCUUGCUUUAUUGGAGUUUCCUUGACGUCACCUAGUUUCCUGGAUGAUUGGUCUUUCUUUAACCUUCAAAAAUAUGAUCUUUGUAAGUCAAGGAAACAUUGUCCAAAAUAUGACUCUGAUAUUGGAACUUUGAAGUCUGUGAAAAAGUAGUAACUGUUCCAUUGACAUUGUGGUUUAGUGACCGUAAAUAUGCUUGCAGAUUCCACCAUGAAUUCUCCUUUUUAAACAGAAACAAGCUACCUACCAGUCUGUUUCAGAGUUCUCUGACUAUCUAAUAAAGGUUUCUACUAGUAGUUGUUAUUUUGAAAAUGUAUAGUUUGUUUAUUGCAUCUGAGUAGAAGCCUAUAAAUUCACAUUUGAGGGGUUUUUCUUUCCAGAGUCAAAUUAAUCGUGUAAUGGAAAUGAUUAAUUUUUGAUUUCUGGCAGGCAAAAAGAAGGAUAAUCCAGUCUCAUAGUAAACAAAACAAAACACCAAAACCCCAACCACUUGGUGAUGUGUAAUAGGGUGGUUUAUGUUUCCAAGAAUUGUUCUGAAUUGGCUCUUGUUAGAAAGAAAAACAGUAGAAGGAUGCUUCUGUUGGAAUUACACCACAAGGACUAUGAGAAUUUGGCUCCCCUUGCAGUUCUUUUGUUGCUGUUUUUUUAUGUGGGGAAUGAAUAGUCUGUUCUGAAGUCAUGAAUUUUGGGAAGGAGUUGCAAUUCACACAUCUCCCAAGUUUACUCACGUUGGGUGUAUAGUAAAGACAACAUCCUCACAACCAGCAGUGUUACUUAGUAGAAUUUGCACAACUUGAGUUAGAUUUUUUUCCGUUUUAGAACUUACUUAAUGUGUGUUUCCUCUCAAUGACUGUUUGUUUGGGGUUUUUUUAACAAUUUGUGCCCUUUUUUUUAAGCAUUGUGGAUAAAUAGCCUGUGGAUUUUGAAUUUUUAAAUAAGCUAUUCUAGGUUCAUUGCAGCAUAACUGUAUCUAUUCUUUUGUUAGUGAAAGGAAACAUGCAACUGGGAGCCACUGACAGCCCACAGCUUUGCUAAGGACAGAGCCAGGUCAGGAUGUGUCAUUUAUUACUGGAUUUUUGCAUUUUUCCAGCUGUUUUGAGUUAGGUUUUUAUGGUAGGAGGAUGGUGGGGAGAACAAUUCACAAAUCAUCCUUUAAUGAAUUGUUGCUGUUACCAGCUUUCAUUAUCCUUAGGCCUCCUACUCUUCCUUGUUUUCUGCCCUCAGAUCUGCUGGGUUUUUGUGGGAGAGGUUGAAUGUUGUGGGAGGAGUUUCUUGAAAUGUGUAGCCAGGAUGACUGGAGUGAGUAAUGACAACACAGGAAGUAUUUUUGGAACUUGUUGCAGUGAGUAGUUCGGUACUUUCCCAUUGUUUAUGGCCAUGUAGUUCUACAGGGCAACACACAAACACUGACAUUUCUAGAGCUGGAGAUAAAUGGUGCUCAGAAAGAGGUGCUGGCCAUAGAAAGACUCAGACAAGUCAAAUGCACUGCAAAGGAUGUACUAAUGCUCUUUUUUUUAAAAAAAAAAAAAUGGAGUUUAAAAAGUUAAAUAACUGAAACUAUUGCUGAGAAAACAAGGAGAGCAGCGAGCUCAUGGUAUGCAGGUAAGAAUGUCAUGCAGACUGCUUCAGACAGUUAACACUUUCUCUUUGAUUUUCAUUUUUAAUGUGUUGCUCUAAUUGUUUAUCUUGGUAAUAACUGCUGAACCACUUCAGCUAAUAUUUGUCACUUUACCCAUUAAUGUUUUGAUUUUGAAACUAAAGAUGCCCUUGCAAUUCCUUGUUUUGGCCACUUUUGAACAAAAAUUAUUUAGAGAAGCUCUUCUAGCAGGACUUCAAAUAUGAAUAUUAAUUAUCUAACUGAUAACCAGCCUUUUAGAUAAACUGAAAGUUUUGGGAAAGAUUAAGCAACAGGGAAUGUCUGGUUUAUGAAAUUGGUUUGUUGCAUAAAAAAUACAUAACAUUGCACUGCUUAGUGCUAACUUUAAUUAAUCUGUUCUACUUUUGGCUAGGUUUUUCAAACCUGACUUCUAUUCCAGUGUCCUUAGAAAGCAAAUAAAUUUUAUAACUUUUAUUUUUAAAAAAUUCUGGUAGUUUGAAUAAACUUAGCUCAUCCCAGACACUUUUUCAUUUUCAGAUGUCUAUUUCAUGCCAGAGGAGUAUUACUCAAGCUAUUAUGAAUCAUUAAGUAUUUAGGUGCACAUUAUAGGCAUUAAAAAUACAAAUACUAAAUGAAGUCACAUAAAUACUUAAUGAAUGAGCUUUAGCACCCAGUUUUAAAAUCGUGUUUAGAGAAGUAUGCACAUUGGAAAACAUACUGGAAGCAAAAGGAAGCAUAAAAAAACACAGCAGGGUUUUAUUAGUUAUCUGCUCCUCACUAGAAGUAAAUUAAUCUAAUUUAACAUUUCUUGCAACAUCAGCCUCCUGUAUUUGCAUUUCCAUGUUUUCAGCACUAGUUCUCCUCUAUUAGUAUCAGACAUAACACAUGGUGACAGCAAAUCCUCUCUCUCCCAGCAGAAGACAGGUUUUUGUUGCAGGUUUUUGUGCUGCUGAGGCACACGAGAAGUAGAGGUCCCUUUUGACAAAAGGCAAGUUGAUCUUAUGGUUUUGAUUAACUGUAAGAAAUCUUGUCCAAAUCAAGGUAAAACAUGGGAUGUUUUUUGUCUUCUGGCUCUGUCAGUGGCCUUUUUCCUCAUUACUUGUGUUUUUAAAUUUUUUGGUAUUCUUACUCACCAACACUAGUAGUUCCAACCUUAUUCAUGGCCGGCUCUUAGUGCUGCCUGUUGCAGCAUCAAGACCUCAAGACUGGUACUGAACCACAUCUGUGAAUUGUCUCUUCUUCCUCCAAGGAGACAGCUGUGAAAGCUUUGUUAUUAUUCUUUAAUAUUAGUGUUUUUCUUUAAUUUAUCUCUAAAGCAGCUUGUGCAUAAGGUGGUUUGGCUUGGGAAAGUUGCCAUCGAAAGGAUCUGUGUGAGUGGACAUGGAAUUCUUCCCUAGGGUUUAUCCCUUCUUUUAAAAACCAUCAUUCCAAUUUGUAGUGCAUGAAGAGGGUGAGUGCUUGGAUUUGAGGAGGACUUUUGUCAGUGCCUUAUUAUUAACUUAAAGACCAAUUCCUUUAUUUCAGUGGUGAGUCCCACCAUGGCAGACUUGCAGGCUGUGUCGUCAGUGUUCCAAGGGGUGACAUUCCUGACAGCCACUGCAUUUCUGCAGCAGUCACUUGUUUUGAUCAGUGUAAAAUAGCUGUGGCUUGAGUUGCUUUAGUAUUAUUUCUGUAUUUGAAUAGCCUCCUUUUAGGAAAAAAUGCAGCGGUUUUUUGGUAGCUUGGGCUUGUUCAGCUUUUAUCAGAAGUAGCUCAGACCUCUUAAAAAUUAACUUAUUUUUAUUUUGGUAUGUCUCUUGAGUAGAUUUAGUGGGUGGGGGUGGAAAUGAAGAGUGUAGUCCAUGUCAUGGUCUAGACCACAUGAGCUCAAGAGCUCUCACAUUAUUAGGAAGGAGCUUGCUUUUGUCUGUCCCACUUUGAUGUAAACACUGAGGAGCAUUCUUAGGAGAUGAUUUAUCUUGCAAGCUUUUUGUUAAUGUAAAAUAAACACCACAGGAAAAAACUGUGGCUUGGAUAAAUCUUAGUCUUAAUAUCCCAAAAGCUCGGUUUUGUAUAUUGUAUUUCUAGUGCCAAGACCGUGUAGGGAGCACUGUCCUUCACUAAAACAACUGCUAGAGACUGUUUUAGCAGCAAAAGCUUCAGAAGCUUUGGAAUUAGAAAUGCAAGAAAGAAUAUGUUGUUCUUAAGCAAGUAAAUAUUUGUUUUCCUGGAAUUCAUCCUUACAAAAACACAGCAGUCUUACCAUAGUCUUUUUAUUCAUUCAGAUGUUGGAAGGAUAAUUUGAAAAUUAAUCUUAUGCUUUCUAAGAACAUUCCAAGAGAGCAGAAAGGUCAAAGGGGAAAAUACAAAUUACUUGGUGUAGCUUUGGCAGAAUUGAGCUGACAAGUUUUCUCCAAGUUACUAAGUUGCUAAGGAAAAGGAGGUGUAUAAAAUGAAAUGCAAGUUCCUGCAGAUCAUGGCAAGGUUCUGGCUGGUGGCCUGGUCUUGCUCUUGAGUGACUAAAACCAUCGUAAAUACUCCAUUUCCUUUGUGUGCUUGAUUAUUAUUAUUUCUCUUUAUUCAGGUGGGUUCUGGCCUUCAUGUGUGUUUGCUGAAGUAAUUUCUUACCAUUCCAAAGCUGUUCACAGCUGAAACUGCAAAGCAGACAAGCAGUAUAAGUUGAUUAAAUGUUGAAAUAAAGGGUUCUGGGGUGCCUGGUUUACUGGCACUUCUGGCUCCUUGUGUGCAGGAGUAUAUCCAUUCAAAUCCUACUGAAGUGGAGUGGGAAAAGCACCAGGAAAGAGAGAUGUGUUUUACAAUAAUCCUGUAAGGACCAACCAUCACUGGAAGUGGGAUCAAGGUGUCAUGCAGUAAAGCCAUUUUUAAUGUUCCCUGCUGGUGUGAGGCAUUCCAGGGAUGGAGGGAUUGCACUAUGAUCUCACGGAGUGAUGUGCAGUUUGGCUGUCCUCGAGCCUCUUCCUUCACCUUUUUUAAUACUUUAUUCUGUGUGUGCGUGUGAAAACUGUGUGUUUGCAUAAGCUAGUUUAAAUGAAUUUAAGAGCAGGUUUCAAAAAUCUUUCCUACUGAAAUAAAUGAUUUAAAAGAUG